AAAUCCUGGAAACGAGUUUCCAAGGGCAGUUAGUUCCUCAUCAGCAUUACCAUUUUUAAUAAAAUCCUUCCCGCAUUUUUUUUUUAAUUCAUAAAGAAGGAAAAGAGUCUGCAAACGAGGGUUUCUAGUAAAACCGAGCCUUCGAGAAACCGCUUCUACUGAAAAAGAGAAGCCAAGACGAAGCUCUUCAGAUCUCAACUUCUGAGUCGCAGGAAUCAGCUCAGGAUCCCCGACCUAGGGUUAGAAAAAACCCUAAGAUCUAGGGAAAAUCAAGAACUAGUGCAGAUUCAUUUCAGAUUAUAGGUUUUGAAGAAGAUCUAGGCAACAAUCGUCACAUUUCUGCUCAUAGGAGAAUCCAGGGCAGAAUCUUUUCACGCUUCUGCUCAGGAAGAGAUUCUUCGUAGUGAAGAUGUCCGUACAAGAGUACCUCGACAAGCACAUGCUCUCUCGGAAGAUUGAAGAUGCUGUCAAUGCCGCCGUUAGGGCAAAAGCUCCAGAUCCCGUUCUCUUCAUUUCGAAUCAUAUGAAGAAAGCUGUUCCUUCGGCAAUCACGAAGAUUAAAGCUCGGCAGAUCUUUGAUAGCAGAGGGAUUCCUACGGUUGAGGUUGAUCUGUACACUAACAAAGGAAUGUUCCGUGCUGCGUCCCCUAGUGGGGCAUCUUUUGGAUUGCACGAAGCUGUGGAAUUACGUGAUGGGGACAAGGGAAAGUAUCUUGGAAAGGGUGUUUCUAAAGCUGUUAAGAAUAUCAAUGAGAAGAUUUCUGAAGCCCUGAUUGGUAUGGAUCCAACACUUCAGUCCCAAAUAGACCAGGCGAUGGUAGACUUGGACAAAACUGAAAAUAAGGGGGAACUUGGUGCAAAUGCUAUAUUAGCUGUGUCAAUUGCUGCUUGUAAAGCUGGUGCUGCUGAAAAGGAGGUCCCACUUUAUAAACACAUUGCCGAUCUUUCGUGUAAACCCGGUCCAGUUCUUCCUGUCCCAGCCAUCACUGUUAUUAGUGGUGGGAAGCAUGCUGGCAAUAAUCUGGCCGUCCAAGAAAUUAUGAUUCUUCCAAUUGGCGCAAACUCAUUUGAAGAGGCAAUGCAAAUGGGUUCUGAGACCUAUCAUCACCUGAAGGCUGUUAUUACGGAAAAAUAUGGCUCAGCUGGAUGCAAUGUUGGUGAUGAUGGUGGAUUUGCUCCAAAUAUCUCGAGUUUCACUGAAGGCUUGGAUAUUGUAAAGGAGGCAAUCGACAGAGCAGGAUAUAACGAUAGAAUUAAGUUGGCAAUGGAUGUUGCUGCUACUGACUUCUGCAUAGGGAAGAAGUACGAUUUAGACUUCAAAUCCCCAAAUAAGUCAGGGCAGAAUUUCAAGACGGGAGAGGAUAUGAUUGAGAUAUACACACAACUCUGUUCAGACUAUCCAAUUGUCUCAAUUGAGGAUCCAUUUGACAAGGACGAUUGGGAACUUAACAAGUUAUUCUCUGGCCUCGGAAUUUGUCAGGCUGUUGGGGAUGAGUUACUGAUGUCGAAUCCAAAACGCAUUGAACGAGCUAUAAACGAGUCCGCCUGCAAUGCCCUUCUUCUCAAGGUGAAUCAGAUAGGAACUGUAACGGAGGCUAUUGAAAUUGUGAAGCUUGCAAAAGAUGCAAACUGGGGAGUCGUGGCAUCUCAUAGGUGCGGAGAGACUGAGGAUUCUUUCAUCGCCGACUUAGCUGUGGGUCUAGCCACCGGUCAAAUCAGGGCGGGCGCACCUUGCCGAGGAGAGCGGCUUGCAAAAUACAACCAGCUACUCCGAAUCGAAGAAGAGCUCGGAAGUGAUGCCGUUUAUGCUGGAGAAAGUUGGAGGUACCCGUGACACCCUAUCCACAGCUUUUUUAUUUUUAUAUAAUUUGAUAUUACAUUCUUGUUUGCUGUCACUAGUAUGAGCCAUACAGUAAAUAUGCUUUUUAGGUUCCGGGAGCUUCAUAUGCAGCUGUAUAUGAAGCCUUCUUGGCGGCAUUUUCAGUGUUUUUUUCUUUUCUGAAUUAUGGUAGAUUGGAAAGGUGUUGAAGGUGAAGCCUAUUUCUAGGGUUCAUUUUCAUUUUUUUUUUUCUCUCUCAGAAUUAUGGUAGAUUGGAAUGGUGUUGAAAGUGAAGCCUAUUUCUAGGGUCAUUUUCAUUGUUUUUUUUUUUUUUCUCUCUCAGAAUUAUGGUAGAUUGGAAAGGUGUUGAAUGUGAAGCCUGUUUCUAGGGUCA